AUGGUGUCCUCAUCUUCCUCGGCAACGGCGUUAGCACCACUCGGUCCUCAAGUCACCGAGAAGCUCACCAGGGAUAACUACGUACUAUGGAAGGCGCAGGUUCUUCCGCCCAUCACGGGGGCGCAAUUGCUUGGAAUUCUAGAGGGAUCCAUCAAAGACCCACCUGAAAUUUUGGAGAUCAUCAAGGAUGACAAGUCCAAGGAGACUGUUAGCAAUCCGGCAUACUCCACAUGGCUGGCACAAGAUCAGCAAAUUCUUGCGUUUCUGUUCAACUCCGUUACAAAAGAUGCAUUGGGGCAAGUAGCAACCCUAGCAUCGUCUGCAGAGGUUUGGGUGGCGUUAGAGAAUAUGUUCUUUGCUCAAUCUCGUGCAAGAGUGACUCAUCUGCGGAUGCAGUUGUCGACCCUCAAGAAGGGAAACAUGACAACCUCAGUUUAUUUCAACAAGAUGAAGGCAAUCGCCGACGAGCUUGCGGGCGCUGGAAAGAAGGUUGAAGAUGACGAGAUGAUAUCUUUCAUCCUUACUGGAUUGGACAGUGAAUAUAACCCUAUUGUUACUUCGGUCAUGGGGUGCACGGAUCAGAUCUCAUUGAGUGAGUUAUACACCCAAGUGAUGGCGUAUGAAUCAAGAUUGGAGAUGCUACAUGAUAACUCUGGUCCUCAGUACCAAUCAUCCGCAAAUGCUGCAUCAAGAGGAUGA